ACAAAUCCUCACUUACUCUACAUCCAGGUGACCAUGGAAAAUGUAUCAGCUGUGACAUCCUUCAUUUUGACAGCAUACGCUGAACUGGAAGAUCACAGAUAUUUAUACUUCAUAUGUUUCCUUCUUUUGUACAUUGUGAUAUUAUUGGUCAAUUUAGUUCUUAUUGUAGUCAUAUGCACUGAGAAAAGUCUUCAUGAACCUAUGCAUUUGUUUAUAUGUAGCUUAUCAGUUAAUGGAGUGUGUGGUAGUACAGUUUUAUUUCCAUCUGUGCUUAGUCAUUUGCUAUCUCAUAAUUACGAAAUAUCUCUGCCCUUCUGUCUACUACAGAUAUACUGUAUGAUCACAUGUGCUUUAGUUGAAUUUACUAUUUUAGCAGUGAUGAGCUAUGACCGGUAUGUUGCUAUCUGUCACCCAUUACACUAUCACCUCCUCAUGUCCCCUAGAAAGGUUUCUGCAGCCAUUGUAUUAUCCUGGGUUGUUCCUUGUGUUUACUGUGCAUUUUAUUUAUUAUCAACUGCCCAACUGUCAUUCUGUGAAAGGCAUAUAGAAAAAAUGUAUUGUAUGUAUUUUGAAUUAGUUAAACUGUCUUGCUUUGAUACAACAAUUUUGCGAUUUUUAGGACCAGCAUUAAUGAUUGUUUGUCCUAGUUCUCAGAUCGUCAUGAUAUUAUUUUCCUAUGUACGUAUACUCAGAGUCUGCCUGUCUGCUUCUAAGGAAUCUCAAGCCAAAGCUCUUCAAACAUGCACUCCACAUUUACUGUCUGUGAUUAAUUUUUCUGUGGGAUGCUUAUUUGAGAUCAUCCAGGGUCGUUUCAACAUGAGUCAUGUACCUCAUCAAGCUCGCAUAUACCUAUCCCUACAGACAAGCAUGGUUCCCCUAUUGUUAAAUCCUGUCAUUUAUGGAAUUAGCAUUCAAGCCAUUAAAGUUCAGAUUUUCAAAUUGCUUUUUUUUCAAAAAAAGAAGUGA